CCGCUGUAGCAUUAAUACAGCUCUGCUGAUCAAUGCUCAGCUCUGCCUGCUGCUGUAAUCCCCGGGAUGAGUCUGAAAGCUGCUGCUUCCUCUGCAGGUUCCAUUUUACCUGACUGCCUUCACAGGAACGAGACUCCAGCAGGAACCUGAGAACAAACCACAGACGAGCUGCAUCACGGAGGACGACGGCCCAGACAGACGGCAGUUUAGUGAGUGAAACUGCAAAGCAUCAUCAUGCCGACUGUGAAGAGCAAGAAGAAGAAAGUGAAGAAGGAGGUCAGUGAAGGAGACGAGCAGAGAGAAGUUGCUGUACAGGAAGUGACCAACAGGAGUCAUUCUGACAGCAGAGACCCUUUGACUCCAGAGCCACAGGAUCCAGCACCACAGAAGAAGAAAAAGAAACGGAAACCAACCACUACAGAUCAGGAAGCAGAGCACACUGAUCUGCCAAAUGGAAACACGGCUGAAGGCGUCAUGGACGGAGAAGAAAUGACUGUUGCUGUAACCAGAAGGAAUAAAAGAAAGAGGAAAGCAAAGGCGACAGAACAUCACAGCGGUGACCUUGGAGCUGAAGAUGAUGAUAUCGCCGCAGAUGCCCAGUCGCCCAUCCCCCAACAUUCGCUAUUCUCCGCCCCCCACGGUCCCAUUCAGCCAGUCAGCAAAGUGUUUAUGGAGAGGAACAGGCGGUUUCAGGCGGAGCAGCAAGGAGCAGGGAUGAUGGACGACUAUAUAGAGACCAGACAAAUGUGGAACACCAGAGACGUUGCUAUAAAGAUCCACAGCAGUUUCAGGGUGAUUGGUCUGUUCUGUCACGGUUUCCUUGCAGGUUAUGCCGUGUGGAACAUCAUUGUUGUGUACAUGUUGGCGGGUGAGCAGAUGUCCACGUUGUCCAACCUGCUGCAGCAGUACCACCGGCUGGCUUACCCGGCUCAGUCUCUGCUCUACCUGCUGCUGGCUGUCAGCACCGUGUCUGCAUUCGACAGGGUGAACCUGGCCAAGGCCUCCAUGGCCCUGAGAGGCUUCUUCACAUUGGACCCUGUUGCUCUGGCUUCUUUUUUGUACUUCAUAGCCCUGAUCCUGUCCCUCAGUCAGCAAAUGACCAGCGAUCGCAUCAACCUCUAUCCAACAGCCAACUACACACUGUGGCCUGUAGGUUCAGAGAACCAGAUCCUGCGCCCGUGGAUUGUUGUUAACCUGGUGGUGGCACUCUUGGUGGGCUUGGGAUGGGCCGUUAUUGCCACACGUCCAGAAACUGACUACACAGAAGAGUUUUUAAUGAUGAUGGAAGUGGAGAGAUACCCCAGAGGAGAGGACAACCUGGACAUUCCUGCCUGAAACAACCCACUCUGUCUUUCUGUGUGUGUAUAUGUUUUUCUAUAAUGGACCAUGCAGAGCUUUAUUUUACUGUGAUUUUGGAAAUAAAUACAGUACUAAAG